AUGAAACUCCUAGGGCGGAAUACUUCGCUUCGCGUUUUCAUUCAAGCUGUGAUCAUUUGGGUUUUGUUUGAACAAGUCAGAGUGUUCUUUCGUCUCGAUGAUCCAUCUUCCAAUACAUCAUCCUCCGGAACUCCAUCAACUUGGCUACCAGAACAUAAUGUCUUGAAACUUCUGGACGAUUACAAGAAAGCGCAUAACGUCGAUACCUUGAACGCAGCAGCAGCAGCAGCAGCGGAUGCCUCCAAUAACACUAGAGUCUACGUGGUGGGACAAUAUUCGUGUCCUUUUCAAGCGGGCAAUCGCAUUUUUCAUUUCCUCAAUGCCUUUGUCCACGCGGUGAUACUCGACAAGCCUCUGGUGUGGAAAUAUUGCACCACGAACAGAAUUUGUCCCCGUCACGGCAAGGUGGAGGAUUGCAAUCAAGUUCUAAAUCGAGCGGAUUGGAUCCCCUCCUAUCAGGCGUUUGUACUAGGAAGUGCAAAUAACCCCAAAACGGAAUUGUUGCAUGGGCGGGGACGGCAUUUGAAACGAGAGGACAUUUUAAAUGUUUCCAAACGAGAAAUUGCCUUGGAUCAAUUGCGUUAUCCUGAUGCAACAGAUGUGGUCUUAGAAACCAGGAUUCUGGAACGCCCGUUUCUAGGAGCCUGGCUCACCGCACCAGAAAUCCGAGAAAAGAAUAUACUCUCGUUGGAAGCAUAUGCAAGGGCCAGAAUGCUAUUUGCGGCUGGCAGUGACUUUGCCUACGGAGCUCUCUUUCAUGUUGCCUUUCAGAUUGAUCCAUCGAUAUUGCCAGAAGACGAAUCCCUUGCCAAACUAAAACUGGAACAUCCAUACAGUACCUCGUUGGCAAUGCAUUCGCGACAUCAGCAAAAACUGGACCCAGGAAACGAUACGUCCACAGAAGAACUGUGCUUGAAAAAAGCAUAUCAAAUGACAAGGAAAAGUAGUGGGUUUCUUCAUGCUCCUCCACCAUGUGCCAUGGUGCUCAUGUCCGACCGAUCUGUGACACUGGACGGUCUACAACAAACGAGACCCUCGGGGUGUACUCCCGUUCUCGCGACGCACCAAAAGGGCCAGUCCUUCAGAUCUGAGCACGGCGAAUUUGCAGGAGCUGGUUUCUUUCAAGAUUUGGCGUUGGCCCAACAUGCAAAAGAUGCCGUGGUAUUGACCUACCGAAGUUCCGCCUCGGAAUUGAUGCGAACGGUUUGGAGGUAUCAGCGAUUCAUGACCAACCAAACGGGAAAGAUUGUGGCUUGCACCAUUCGGGAUCCCAAUGGUACACAAUGCGAUUGUACAAGUGAGAGAAUAGGACCGAGAUAA